CAAAAAGCUCAGAGCAGAGUCGAAUCGGUACGAAUCUUUAUCUAAAUCACUCUGAUUUAGUUUCGGUUAUUGUGAACCAUUUGAUUGCUCUGUCCUUUCAAUUAUCUAUCUAGGUUCGAUUACUUCGUUAGCUGCUUAAUUCUGUGAUCAAUUAUCUCAUUUAGUGAUUUUGAUUUUAGGGUUUUCUCUUUCUUCCUUUAAUCUUAUAUUGGGAUCUUCUGUAUCGGAUAAAGUCAUAACCUUUGAGAUAAAGGAAUCAUCUUUAUUGCUGAAAAUGAUUGAGCUUUAGGUCUAAUACAAGUCUGAGAGUCUGAUUUCGAUUCUGAGUAUAAAAAUUGAAACUUUCUAUUUAGGGUUUUCUUAAUCAUUUGUGUUGCUAUGGUUGCUUAAUGUAUCACUAAAUCUUGGUCUUAUUAGUUGGUUGCUACUGAUAUAGAAUUGCAUCUGUGAGUAAAUUUAGCUCAAAGAUAAAAGAGUCCCCUUUAUCGCUGAAAUGAUCGAGCUUUGAGCUCUAAUACAAGUUAAAGCGUUCGAAUAAUCGAUUCUGAUCAUAAAAAUUGAAUCUUGCUAUAUAGUAGUUGCUUAAUCAUUUGUGUUGCCAUGGUUGCUCAAUGUAGCACUUAAUCUUAGUUGAUUCUUAGUUAGAAUUGCAUCGGUGAGUAAACUUGGCUCAAAGAUAAAAGAGUCCCCUUUAUCGAUGAAAUUGUCGAGCUUUGAGCUCUAAUACAAGUUAAAGCGUUCGAAUAUCGAUUCUGAUCAUAAAAAUUGAAUCUUGCUGUAUAGUAGGUUCUUAAUGAUUUGUGUUACCAUGGUUGCUCAAUGUAGCACUUAAUCUUAUUAGUUGAUUCUUAGUUGGAAUUGCAUCGGUGUGUCGUUGGGAUUGUCUUUGAAGGAUUAAUAUGUGUUUUCUCUUUGCUUAUGAAGCGAUGAAGCAUCGAGUUCGGUGUUCAUGAAGGUCAGAGAGUUAAGUAUUAGCAGAACUGGUUAGGUCUUAGUGACAAACAAGGUAUUCAUGUUAUCCAUCCCUGAUACUAGAAUGUGGAAUCUAGCAUCGAGUUAUCUUACGGGAAACAUUGGACCGAAAAACGAUAUCAGAAGACCGGUCCAUGCUCAUGCGGAGUGUUCAGAUGACGAUGUAUCUUCUGUAGGUAGUAAAGACGAAGGUCUCGAGUGUCCUAUAUGCUGGGAAUCAUUUAAUAUAGUUGAAAACGUUCCGUAUGUGUUAUGGUGUGGACAUACGAUGUGUAAAAACUGCAUUUUGGGACUUCAAUGGGCUAUUGUGAAAUUGCCUACUCACCCGGUUCAGCUUCCUCUCUUCAUUUCAUGCCCCUGGUGCAACCUUUUGUCUUUCCGUCUGGUCUUCAGAGGAACACUCAGAUUCCCUCACAAGAACUACUUUGUGCUUUGGAUGGUCGAGAGGAUGAAUGGAGAGAGACGUAACUCACCUGGUGGAGCUCAAACAGAUGGAAACAAUGAUCAUACAAGGGAAACUCCAUCUCCAUGUCUCCACAAUCGCCAUCAUCGCAGUCAACCUGAACCAUCACGUUCUGUUAAUGAUCAUCGCAUUCCAAGGGACAACAUACAAACUUCACUGAGGAAGUCUCUGGUUUUCUUUGUCCAGUUGACAGCAAAGUUCCCAUUAGUUGUCAUAUUUCUGCUGAUAAUACUCUAUGCAAUACCGACCAGUGCAGCCAUAUUGGCGAUGUACAUUCUAGUCACUCUCUUGCUGGCUCUACCGUCGUUUCUCAUCCUCUACUUCGCUUAUCCUUGUCUCGACUGGCUUGUUCGAGAGAUUGUCACAUGAACUUUCUAAGGAUGCGUUCAGAAACUUCCCAUUCCUAAUUUGACGACUUUUCUUCAACAACUGAGACCCAAGAUCGGUCAUGUAAGUAUAACAAUUUCGUAAUUACCGUCUUCUUUAUCUAUAUAUGGAUGUAGUUUUGGAUUGCAUUGUUGCUCUACGAAGCUGGACGUAUGUGUUGUAAGGGCUCUUGCAGAAACUUAUUAGUAUUUGUGGAUUUGUUUGUGAGUGUUUGAGUGUCUCAAUAAGAUUUAUGUAUAUAAAGUUUAUGCAAUGUUAUUUAGGAAUUGCGUAACUAAAUGCAUUGAUUUUUCUUAU